GAGGGGCGCGUCACGUGGGUGGAGCGCUCCCACGGCUCCUUCUUCCGCUCCUUUGGCCUGCCCGAGACCGUUGACCCUGAGGGCAUCUCCGCCGCCAUCAAGGACGGCGUGAUGACCGUCACUGUCCCUAAGAGGUCCCAGGAGCCCAAGCCCGCAGCCAAGGAGAUCCACAUCGAGGGCUGA